GUGAGGCUCUGGCCUCUUCUGCCCAAAGGACCGGUACCAGUGGAGGCUCUCAGGGUGACAUGGUGAAAGGGCUGAGGGACCAAGGCCCCUCAGCACAGGUAGAGGUGGCAGAGGUGGCAACCUGUGGUGGCCUGAGGUGGCCUGGCAUCCGGUGAGGCCAUAGAGGUUGCCAAUAAAAUGGGGACUGGUGGCUCCGGGGUGCCAGGUCCUACACUGUUCCUGCUUCUGGUGCUGCUACCUUCUCUGGUGAGCAAGAAGAGCUUCCUGCACAGCGUUCCGGGAUCCAGAGACUUCCAGCACCUCAGCCUGAGCUGGGGAAGCCUGCACAGCCACCUCAGCCAGGAUAGGGGAAACUUCCGCCACCACCGCAGCCUAGGUGCCUGGCAGGUUCAGAAAAAACAGAGUUAUGUCUGCUCAAAUGACCUCUACUUCGUCUUGGACAAGUCAGGCAGUGUGGGCAACAACUGGAACCACAUUUCCAACCUGGUGGAGGAGGUGGUGAAGAAGAUUGGAAACCCAAAACAACGGAUAUCCUUCAUCACCUAUUCCACAAAAGCCCAAGUCCUCAUGAAGCUCACCUCAGACAGAAAAGCAAUACAGGAUGGGCUUAGCCUUCUUCGAAAUACAGUGCCUUCGGGAUCCACAAACAUGUACGAGGGACUUGAAUUGGCAAAUGAUCAAAUUGAACAAGAGAGAUAUAAAGGAAACACCGACCCAGUGACGAUUAUCGCUCUGACUGAUGGAACACUGUUAUUACAAGCGCAUGAGGAGUCGAAGAGAGAAGCUGCAAAGUCUCGGCAAAUGGGGGCUGUUGUUUACGGCGUGGGUGUGAAUGACUAUAACAGAGAACAGCUGGUUCAAAUUGCAGACAGCAAGAAUCACGUGUUUGGAGUGGACACUGGGUUCAAGGAUCUAGUGAAGAUUGCAGAUUCACUCUCAAGAAUCUCCUGCUUUGAAAUUACAGACGCCAUCCCUUCCACUUUAUGUGCAACAGAAAAUUAUGAUUUGAAGGUGUCUGGACAAGGCUUUAAUAAUGCCAGGAACAAGAACGAAGUUGUUUGUAGAUUCAAGUUUAGUGACAAGAAAUUCUUCGACCAAAAAGCCACAUCUGUGCAAGAUACCACACUAACGUGCCCAGGAACAAAGCUAGACUAUCCAGGCCAGAAGGUCUUCAUUGAAGUUAGCCUGGACAAUGGCAUGACCUUCAUCAACAACGAUAUUGAGAUCUUCAGUGAGGGAUGUACGACAACUGUACCUACAACUACCCCGACAACUGCAACUACAACUACCCCAACAACUGUAACUACAACUACCCCGACAACUGUAACUACAACUACCCAACAGCCUACCUCUACCCGGAAGCCUACUACUACUCUGCAGACUACCACUACAACAACCCAACCACCUCCCCCACCACCACCUCCCCCACCACCUGACCCACCACCUGACCCGCCACCUGACCCGCCACCUGACCCAACACCUGGACCAACACCUGACACAACGACUGCCCCCCCAACCGCUCCACACUUCAUACACAUUGCUGACCCUCUAUACCUCCUUACACUCAUCCCGGCCAUGCUCAUGUUCCCCUUGCUCAUCUGUUGCAUCUGGCGGCUAUGCUUCAAGAAGACCAUCAAGGAGCCACCCCCAGUGAAGGAACCAGCAAAGGAGCCAGAGACACGUCCCAUGCAGACAUGUCCCACCGUGAUUGUCCCUUGUUGUGGGUGCCAAGUUCGCCAGAUGAGAAGGAUAGAGGGCAAACUGGACAUCUUGUGUGACUUUGUUCAAAACUGCAACCAGGUUCCAUUGAUGUGUUGUCAGCCGUGGGACAAGGGGAGGUGUGUCAACUUCACACUAAUGAAGCCCUACCUUAGGCAGUUGCCCAGCAACCCAAAGAUGUACCUUGGGCCAAGCCAGGGGUGCAUCCCUCUCAACAACUGCUGCACAUGGGGCCAACAUCCCCCGCCUAUAUGCUUGCAGCCUACUUCCAGGAUGCUACCACUGAUUGCUCCCCCUGCCCAGACACUCUGCAGAACUACCUUAUCACUCCCACACCAAUAGCUAAUCUCUAGAGCACCAAAAUCUCAAAAUUAAUAAGAAAAUUUUGUAUACUGAAUUGGACAUAUAUAUUGAGUUUUGGUUUAAAGUCAAAAAGGAGUUGGAUUUUGUUGCUGAUUAGUGUAAGAG